UGGUUUUGUUUCAGUCACUAACAUUCAGAGAGCAACAUGCUUGGCGUCCCAGCAUGCUUUAUCUUUCUCCUCUGCCAGCUCGCAGGGCCAGCAGCCUCUGGAAUCCCAAAGAAGGUGGUUGGUGCCAUUGGUGGGUCUGUGAUUUUCCCUCUGAAUCUCUCAGUAAAUCUAGUUGACAGCAUUAUCUGGGUCUUCAAUUCAGCCACUCUCGUCACCAUACAGCCAAAAACGGCAGACAAAAACGCCCUUAUCAUAGUGACCCAAAAGCGUAACACGGAAAGAGUGAAUUUCCCACAUGAAGGCUACUCCCUGAAGCUCAGCAGACUGACGAAGAAUGACUCAGGUGUCUACCGUGUGGAGAUAUACAACUCAACCCUCCAGGAUCCCCUCACCCAAGAGUAUGAGCUGCAUGUCUAUGAGUACCUGUCAAAGCCCAAAGUCAUCAUAGGUCUGCAGGAGAAUAAGAAUGGCACCUGUGUAACCAAUCUCACAUGUUCCAUGGAACAUGGAGAAGAGGAUGUAACUUACAGCUGGAAGUCUCUGGACCAGGCAACCAAUGAAUCCCACAGGGGCUCCAUCCUCCCCAUAUCCUGGAGGUGGGAGAAAAGUGACAUGACCUUCAUCUGCAUGGCCAGUAACCCCAUCAGCAGCAACUCCUCAAACCCUAUCUUUGCCCAGAAUCUCUGUGAAGGUGCUGCUGGGGGCCAGACUCCCUAUGUGAUCCUCUACGUCCUGUUGUCAUUCUUCCUGCUCUGUUCCCUCACACUGGUGUUAAUUAUUUUGAUCAUACGAAGAGAAAGGAAAAAAGUUUCAGAGAUCAUUGAAGAGAAGAAGGAACUGGACACUCAUCAGGAAACUCUUCACUUCCCUCCCAUUUCUGAAGAGAUGCCCGAGUAUGAUACAAUCUCUAAUUUUAAUAGCGUUAUUCCAGAGGAAAACCCAGCAAAUACCAUCUAUUCCACUGUGCACAUACCCCCAAAGGUAACAGAACCCCACUCCCUGCCCAUGUCAUCAGAUACACCAAGAUCAUGUACCGAUAACAAUGUCAUCUGAACAGACAUGUGCUCCAAAGAAAAUGACCAGAAGAAUUCACUGACUGGACCAAAAACAUCAAGAAAGAAUGAAGAACUCUGACUUCCAGAAUAAACUAUACCUUAUGCUCCUUCAGAGUUAAGAGUUCCUAAUCUGGGAAUUCCCAUGUGGUCCAGUGGUUACGACUCUGUGCUCUCACUGCUGAGGGCCCAGGUUCAAUCCUUGGUUAUGGUACUAAGAUCCCACAAGCCAUGGAGUGAGGAAAAAAAAAAAAGUCUCACAUCUUAUCCACUGCUGACAAAUCUCCCCAAACCCUAAAUCUGUCCCUGGAAAUUUGACUAGGAAUUUAUUGGCCAACUCAAAGCAAGGGGCUUAGAAGCAUCUCUGUUGAAAUGUUAACACAGAUUCAAACAGCUCCCUUUCCAGGGCUUGGAGAUGAGGAAUACACCAAGUGCUUGGUUGCCAAGAGGGCAAGAACUUCAGGGUGGCCAGCCGACCUUAGCAACAGAAGCAGAAGACAGCAGUUGAAGGGACUGAUUUACUGACUCAUCAGUGACAUGCUGACCUCACAAGUGCUGUGCUGAGCACACAGUGAUUUUGGUCAGACAUGCUCUCUGCUAUCCUGAAACUGACCCUUCAGGAACUACUUCCCUGGGCAGUGGCAGCAGGCCUGACCACAGAUUUCUGAAACCCAGAGGGUCAAGAGUGGAUACACAAGACUUGGGAGUCAAAGUGCACAAGGAGAGAAGCCAGGUGGAAGACAGUUUGGCUGACUGGAAACUCAGACAAGGAACAUGCAGAGAGGGAAGGUUGCUUUUGGGUCUUUCUGGAUACACAACUUGAAUGGAAAUGUUGGGAACAGAUCUGAGAUCCCAGGUCUGGGGGUGUGAAGUGUCUCCUUUAUUUAAGGGAAAACAACUCCUGCAUUGGGAAAGUGUAAAAAUAAAUGUCACUUACAAAAGA